AGAUGUCAGCAUGAUUAAGAACUGACGAAGAAUCUCAAGACUUUAUCCAAACAUUUGACACGUGAUAGGGUCAAAAGACCACUCAUCUGUUGUGUAAUCAUGGCAGAUCCUUCAGCUGAAGUGCCAUUUUCUAUGAUGACACAACCACAGCUAAUUGAGUCCACAGCCAUGAGUGAACCCCAGUGUUACUACAAUGAGACCAUUGCCUUCUUUUAUAACAAAAGCGGGAAAUACCUAGCCACUGAAUGGAACACUGUGAGCAAGCUUGUGAUGGGCCUUGGGAUUACAGUAUGCGUCUUCAUCAUGCUAGCCAACCUCUUAGUUAUGGUGGCUAUCUACGUCAACCGGCGUUUUCAUUUUCCUAUUUAUUAUCUAAUGGCUAAUUUAGCUGCUGCUGACUUCUUUGCAGGGCUGGCAUAUUUUUAUCUAAUGUUCAACACAGGACCCAACACUAGAAGAUUGACUGUAAGCACCUGGCUUCUUCGUCAGGGUCUCAUUGAUACCAGCCUGACAGCCUCUGUUGCCAACCUGUUGGCCAUUGCCAUUGAGAGGCAUAUCACAGUGUUCCGUAUGCAGCUACAUACACGGAUGAGUAAUCGCCGAGUAGUAGUGGUAAUUGUUGUCAUUUGGACUAUGGCUAUUGUUAUGGGUGCUAUACCGAGUGUUGGCUGGAAUUGCAUCUGUGACCUCACUCACUGUUCCAACAUGGCACCACUCUACAGUGACUCUUACUUGGUUUUCUGGGCUAUUUUCAACCUGGUCACCUUUGUAGUCAUGGUGGUCUUGUAUGCUCAUAUCUUUGGAUACGUGCGCCAGAGGACUAUGAGAAUGUCUCGGCAUAGUUCUGGACCCCGUAGGAAUCGGGACACCAUGAUGAGUCUUCUGAAGACUGUGGUCAUUGUGCUUGGUGCUUUUAUAAUUUGCUGGACUCCAGGAUUAGUCUUGCUGCUCCUUGAUGUUUGCUGCCCACAGUGCAAUGUCCUGGCAUAUGAAAAGUUCUUCUUGUUGCUUGCUGAAUUCAAUUCUGCCAUGAAUCCUAUCAUCUACUCUUAUCGGGACAAGGAAAUGAGUGCUACCUUCAAACAAAUUCUUUGUUGCCAGCGUACCGAGAAUGCCAAUGGCCCAACAGAAGGUUCUGACCGAUCAGCCUCAUCGCUCAAUCAUACCAUCUUGACUGGAGUACACAGUAAUGAUCAUUCUGUAGUUUGAAAAGGGAACUGAAAAAUUCUAAGAAGAAAACAAUUUGUGAAUUUAGUGCCAGGUGGAAAACCUGUGAUGAAACUGUUGACAUAGUUGGAGGUCUUUGAAGCAGAGAAAAUAACAAACUGAAAACUUCUUAAUCACUAAUGGAUGAUACUUAUUCAACCAUAUCAAGUCCAUGAAACUAUCCAGACUAAAACACCUCACUCUUGGGUUUUGUUUUUUGUCAUCUGUUUUGUAAGAGUAGAAAAUGAGCUGCUCAUACCAGGAAGCUGACCAACCUUUGGGGAAGCCAUUUUAAGCUACUUUUACUAGCUUACGUCAGCUGAUACUUUGUGAUGGUCAUAACUGAAAUCAUCUCUAAUUAAUUAAGCUUAAUAACUGCUUCACUGCCUUUUCAUUUAGACAUUGAGGAUCGUUCUUCAAUGUCAUGUUUUGUAAUGAAUUUCAUUUAAUAAUUAUCCCCAUUAGCAUGCUUUGUGAUGGACAUUUUCUGGGCAAGGAAAGAACCUGUUAUAGCUUUCAUUUUUAUUUACACUGCCAAUAACAAUGAAAAACUUUUUUUUUUUUUUACUAGCACCAUUACUAGUGUUCAAGAACAAGCAUGGUACAUAUAUGCAGUCGGGCCUGAUUCUCUCAUGGAAAUCAAUCGGACUUAAAAGUGUUGAUGUUUAACAUUUCUGAGUAAAGAGCAGAACAAACUAUGUCAUACUGACUGGAAGUUCCAAUUUUCUCAUGGCCAAACCUUUAAUUUGGGAUGUAAAAAUAUUAAAGAACCACCUUUGAAUUUG